AUGGGUAGAGAGCUCCUAUUAUCGGAUGAUACUAAAGUGGCAGUACUAUCCUCAACACCAACGCUUAAUGGUCAAAGUUUACUCCUAGCGGUCCUUUAUAUCUCUGCAGCUGUCAUGAGUGUCCUGAGCUUCUCUCUUACCCUUCACAGUGCGUUCCAGAUAGAGAUUCAGAGCGAAUGGGAUUUUCUUUUCUCUUUUUCAGAACACUUUGUGGUCGAUGUUGCACAAUAUGGAACGUAA